CGGCAGGUGUGGGGUUAAGGGAGUCUGUUUGGGGCCCCCAGGAGCAGCAGCCUAAGCAGUGGCUGCAGCAACUGCAACAGCAGCGGCUGUGGCAGGCCUGGCCCCGGGCCAGCUGGCGGGAAGCCCCAGGAGGGAGGGAGGGAGGAGAAAGGGGAGGAAGAGGGGAAGGAGGAGGAGGAGGAGGAGAGGAGCAGUCAGCAGGCCCGAGGAGGCAGGACUUCCUGGUGUGGGGGUUGUCAACAGCCCAGAAAGAGAAAGACGGAGAGGCAGAGACCCAGGGGAGCCGAGGAGCGGAGACACGGACCCAGCAGGGCCACGCGGGAGGAGACUCAAGACACCCACUCGCUGGCUGCCACCGGGAGCAGCGGGGGGCUCUGCCGCCCCCUCCCACAUCAGUCUCCAGACCCUUGGGGCUUCAGAGGCCGCUCCUAGGCUCCUCGGAGGAGGCGCGGGUUCCUUCUUUUCCGGAGAGCAAACUUUCCUCGGAGAUGCCUCGCAAGAUGAGCUGCAGCCCCCGGAGAGGACGGGGCAGCCUCUGAUCGCCGCCUGCGUUCCCCGCCACUGCCCGUGGCCAGGAGGCCCCAGGGAACGAACAGCCAGACCUCUUAGGCGCCAGGACCCUCAGGCUCAGAUCAGUGGCCGAGGCCCCAGAGUUUGCAAACUCAGCUCUGGAGUUCAGCAGCAACAGCAGCAGGAAAAACCUGCCCCUGCUCCCCCCUCCUGCCACCUCCCCUCUCCUCUUCUCCCCUCAUCCAGCAGGCACCCCCGGUUCCCGCCAGGCCCUCCUGCCAUGUCGGACCCAGACGUCCCCAGGGGCCCGGAUGCCCCCGCCAUGUGGCCCCCUUGUUCCAGGGGUGCCUGAGCCCCUUCAAGGAGCCCCAACCCACCCCCAACCUUGGCCCAGUCCUGAGCCCCAGGGACCAUGAGCGGGGGCAAGAAGAAGAGUAGUUUCCAAAUCACCAGCGUCACCACGGACUAUGAGGGCCCGGGGAGCCCAGGGGCUUCGGAUCCCCCUACCCCACAGCCCCCAACCGGGCCCCCGCCCCGCCUGCCCAAUGGGGAGCCCAGCCCCGAUCCGGGGGGCAAGGGCACCCCCCGGAAUGGCUCCCCACCACCUGGGGCCCCUUCCUCCCGUUUCCGGGUGGUGAAGCUGCCCCACGGCCUGGGAGAGCCUUAUCGCCGCGGUCGCUGGACGUGUGUGGAUGUUUAUGAGCGAGACCUGGAGCCCCACAGCUUCGGCCGACUCCUGGAGGGAAUUCGAGGGGCCUCAGGGGGCGCCGGGGGCAGAUCUUUGGAUUCCAGGUUGGAGCUGGCCAGCCUCGGCCUGGGCGCCCCUACCCCACAGUCAGGCCUGUCUCAGGACCCCACCUCCUGGCUCCGUCCACCCCCCACCUCUCCUGGACCUCAGGCCCGCUCCUUCACUGGGGGACUGGGCCAGCUGGUGGUGCCCGGCAAAGCCAAGGCAGAGACACCCCCACUGUCGGCCUCUCCACCCCAGCAGCGCCCCCAAGAGCCUGGGACCGGUGAGAGUGCGGGCACAUCCCGGGCUGCCACGCCCCUGCCCUCUCUGAGGGUGGAAGCGGAGGCUGGGGGCUCAGGGGCCAGGACCCCUCCACUGUCCCGGAAGAAAGCUGUAGACAUGCGGCUGCGGAUGGAGUUGGGUGCUCCAGAGGAGAUGGGGCAGGUGCCCCCACUCGAAUCUCGCCCCAGCUCCCCGGCCCUCUACUUCGCCCACGAUGCCAGCCUGGUUCACAAAUCUCCAGACCCCUUCGGAGCAGUAGCAGCUCAGAAAUUCAGCCUGGCCCACUCCAUGUUGGCCAUCAGUGGUCACCUAGACAGCGACGAUGAUAGGUACGGGGGGUGUGGGCGGGAGGCUGUGGUCCAAGAAACCAGCACCUGGGAAGGCUCCUCCUCUCCUCCCCUCACCUUCCUGUGUCUCUCCAGUGGCUCCGGAAGCCUGAUUGGCAUUGACAACAAAAUCGAGCAAGCCAUGGACUUGGUGAAGUCCCAUCUCAUGUUUGCGGUCCGGGAGGAGGUGGAGGUGCUGAAGGAGCAGAUCCGGGACCUGGCGGAGCGGAACGCUGCGCUGGAGCAGGAGAAUGGGCUGCUGCGCGCCCUGGCCAGCCCCGAGCAGCUGGCUCAGCUGCCCUCCUCGGGGAUCCCACGGCUUGGGCCCCCCGCGCCCAAUGGGCCCUCCGUCUGAGCCUCCCUUCCCUUACAAUGUGCCUUUGGGGCUGCCCGGCCUUGUGUCAGCCGCCUGCCCCUCUUCCUAUGCAGCUUUAAUGUCCCCGUGUCCCCGGGGUGGGAGUUCAAGGCUCAGUAAUGGCCUGGACCCCCGGCCCCUGCCCCAUCUCCUCAUCAUCCCCAGCCUUGAUGGAGGAGGAAGGGCUUCAGGACAGGGCGUCAGAGGGAGCCCCCUCUGGGAGGGAACCAACCCCCACCCUCCCUCAUGGGACCCCCAGCAGUAGACGGCUUGGGGGAGUUAGAGGCUCCCUGGCAGACACCCCACCCCCACCUUGUUCCCUUGAGGUGCCUCCUCUCCUCUGCCCAGGGGAGGGAGCGUGGACAGUAUCUGGAAGUUCUGGGAUUCAGGUUGUUAUUAAAAUAAUAAUAAUAAUUAAAAACUCUGAAGAAACUUGAA